AUGUCGUUGUCCUCCGCCCUGUUCUCGCAAGCUUUAAAAACUGCCUCAACCGCUGCAAGCCAGUCGCCGUUUGAAGAGUCUACUCAGAGUCUCAUUCGGUCGAGUCUUGCUGAUCUAACAGCUUUGAAUGCUCGCAUCGCGGGCCUUUCCCUCUUCAGCCCCAACGAAACACUUGAAGAUAUAUCGACCCGCGAUUUAAUAUACCUUACGGCACCCUUUGCGACCUCAGAACUGCAAAGCCGGGUGAGAGUUGGACAACCUGCAGAUGACAUCGCCAACACAUUGAGUUCUAAUCAGGGCCACCUUUCUAAACUUGUCUCCAGCUUGGAGGACUAUGAGAUUGUACCAGAGGCAGAACGAGCGUUACAUACGCAAAGCCUCCAAAUAAUCAAAGACGCAGCCAGCCGCAGAGAGCUCAAAAUCAAACAAUUCCAACAGGAGAGGGACCUUCGGAACAAGAUACAAGUCAUCCGGAAACGACGAGGUCAACUCCCAGCUGAAGGAGUCACUGAAUCUGAUUUGGAUCUUAUCGCGUCGCUUCUUCCGAAGCCAUCCGUAAACGAUGAGGACGAAGACGAAGAUUCAGAAUGGGAGGACGACCUCCGUGAAACGACACUACUUCUCUUGCGACUUUGUUAUGCACAAGCUCAAUCCCAACUCGUCAGUUUUGGUCAGCAACUUGAAAUGCUGGAGAAAGUCGUGCAAUUCCCUCCGCAGCCACCACGACCACCACCAGAACAAGAUCGCAGGGGCAAAGAACGAUCAGCAGACGAGUCAAUGUGGAAACUGGAUUCCCCGUCAGGGCCAGAUGGCAAGGGCCCGAUACUUGAUGCGCAGAACAAACCUCUUCGGCCAUUUACGCUCCUUCCCUCUGGAGCCUCUGAUCGUGCUCGAUUGGCGGGCCAAGUUUUUGGACCCAGUCAUCGUCUACCAACCAUGACUGUCGAUGAGCUUCUUCAAAUAGAGCAAGAGCAGGGAAAGUUCAUCAGCGGUGGAGGUCCUGCGUCCGAGAACGAGUUGACAUCUUCAGAGCAGCUGGAUCUGGACUCUCAAAUGGACGGCACCAGGGAUGGAGCUGAAAAAGAAGAGACCAAACGGCAAAAAGACGAAAAAUGGGCUCAGUUUACUGACGCAAAUCCCAGGGGAGCGGGAAACACCAUGAACAGAGGAUGA